AUGGCAGAUGUACUUCACAAGCUCAACUUCAAAGUAGCAAAUGCAUCACCGGAAUAUAAAACCAGACGAAAGUAUCAAAUGAUUCGAUUUUUCACUUUUUCAGCCUUAUCUAUAUUCACAUUACGGUUGAUAAACAAACAAACAAUUAUAAGGCAGUAUAUUCCCACAUUGUUUCAACAAAACCACCAACCUCCCACAUCUUACAACUUCACUACCGAUGCGGCAGUAGCUGUUGGUGCAGGCACAUUAGCUUGUGGGUCAAUCACGGGGAUGAUUGUGAUGGGAACUGCAUGGAUAUUGGAUGUAAGCAAUUUCAAGGAGUUUGGAUACAGGAUGAAAGGGUUGAUGGGAGGAUAUGAGAAGGAGAAGGCUUUAAGUGAAAUGGAGGUUGAUGAAGAGACAAAGACGUUGCAGGAUGGAUUGAAUGAUUUGCUUGAAGGAAAGUAUGAUGACAAGGAGUAG